UUCUCUAUUCUCACGCAUCUGUAUGAAAAAAACGGACUUUAUAAUUAUGUUUACCAGGAAGUCCUUACCUAAAAUUUUAAAUUUCAUGCCCCCAGGAGUAUGGGUUUUGACUCUAGGGCAGGGCCAAAUUGGAUUUCAGGCAGGGAGGUGGUCGUCAUUACAAAUUAUUAAUUUUUCUACUCCAGAAUGAAACCCAAUUAAAUAAAUAUUUGAGACUCCUUGACAAGUUUGUGUAUGGGUUAUAUGCUACUCAGGUUUUAUCAAGUAACUAUUUUUACAUACGCAACAGAAAAAGAGCAUUUAUUUAUUAAGGGUAGUAAGCUAUUUCAAUUGAAUGGAGAUGAAUAUCAAAGGACACCUAUUACCUCUCCCUUCGCUCUUAACUUGAUUAAAUGUAUUACUUAAUUUUUUUUGUUGAUGAUUUUUAUUACACAAGCUGAAAUAAUUUCUAAUGUAUUUUUUUACAUUCAUCUUGACAUCUUUUUUGAAGGAUUUUAGUUUCUGAUGAUGAGCAGCCCUCCAAAGGAAAGAAAAGAAAAAUCAAAACUGUCGGGGGUUCAAAGGCUGUCAAAAAGCGUUGCACUAGCUCUGAUGCAGAUCCUCUGGAUGAAACUUGGAUUCAUCCGGAGUCUUAUGACAUUUCUUACAAAUUGAUGGAUCACAUAGGAAUAAAGCCAUCCGAACUUGGUCGAGACAGUGCUAUUGAACGGGUCAAGGCAUAUAAAAAGAAUCAUAGUGUGCAAGAAUUAAAUCAAGAUAUUCAAGUGGGAGAGCCUACAAUUCAGCUUAUAUUGGAUGCAUUUCUUCAGCCUUGUGGAUAUGACAUCAGAGAAAAAGAAAUGCAGCCCCUGUUUAAGGAGGGAAUUCGAGAUAUUGCUAGCCUGAGGGAGGGUACCAGACUGACUGGGAAAGUGACCAAUGUGACCCAUUUUGGAGCCUUUGUGGACAUAGGAGUGGGCAGGGAUGGACUUAUUCAUAAUUCCAACAUGAAAAGGACUGAUUUACAAUUAGGUCAUAGAGUGGAGGUCAAGGUCAUUAAGAUGGAUAAAGCAGGAAAUAGGAUUGGUUUAAAUCUAGAGCACAAGUUGUGAAAGAAGUAUUUAAAUAUCAUCCUGCUUCGUUGUGCAAUAACCAUGAAAUUUAACAUGAUUCAAUUUAAUUUUGUUCAUUUAAUUUGAUGCUGUAAUGUUGUUAUGACAUAAAUAGUCAUUCAUGAAAGUGUAAACAGCAGUCAAAUCAUUUUGAUAAAAUGGAAAAUGUUGAGUUUAAAGUCCUACAAAAGUUUAAUAAAUUUGAAUGCAAUC